UGGCCGGGGAGAAAGUAAAUUUGGCUUCCGAGUAUCAUUGAAAUAUCCAAUCGCAGGGAUCGCAUGAACUUCCGCCUCCCGAUUCGCCUGAGGUCGUCGAAGUUGAACUCUGUGGCGGCGAUGGCGGAGGAAGUCAGCUCAUCGUCACCCGCUGCUGCUGCAGCAACAGCGACGGCCGCAUCGCCGGCGGCGACAUCAAGAUCGUCGACCAGGUCGUUGUGGCCGUCCGUUCUCCGUUGGAUACCUACCUCCACCGACCACAUCAUCGCCUCCGAGAAGCGCCUGCUCUCUAUAGUCAGGACUCCAUAUACCCAAGAACAGGUAAAUAUAGGUUCCGGUCCACCAGGAUCCAAAGUGAGGUGGUUCCGUUCUGCUAGCGAUGAACCAAGGUUUAUCAACACAGUUACUUUUGAUAGCAAAGAGGGCUCUCCCACUCUUGUCAUGAUUCAUGGAUAUGGUGCUUCUCAAGGCUUCUUCUUCCGUAAUUUUGAUGCUCUAGCCAAACAUUUCAGAGUCAUCGCCAUUGAUCAGCUUGGAUGGGGUGGAUCAAGUAGGCCUGACUUCACUUGCAAAAGCACAGAAGAAACUGAAGCAUGGUUUAUUGAUUCCUUUGAGGAAUGGCGCAAAGCCAAGAACCUUAGCAACUUUAUUUUACUUGGGCAUUCUUUUGGAGGUUAUGUUGCAGCUAGAUAUGCGCUCAAGUAUCCUGAGCACAUAAAACACUUGAUUUUAGUGGGAAGUGCUGGGUUUUCAACAGAAACAGAUGCUAGGUCAGAGCGGUUAAUCCGUUUUAGUCAAACAUGGAAAGGAGCUGUGUUGAAACAUUUAUGGGAGUCUAAUUUUACUCCUCAAAAGAUUAUUAGAGGUGUUGGUCCCUUUGGUCCAGAUUUGGUCCGAAAAUAUACCAGUGCUAGAUUUGUUGCAUAUUCAACUGGGCAAGCUUUGACUGAAGACGAAACCAGAUUACUGACAGACUAUGUAUACCAUACGCUGGCGGCCAAAGCUAGUGGGGAGCUGUGCUUGAAACAUAUUUUUGCCUUUGGAGCAUUUGCACGGGUGCCUCUUUUGAAAAGUGCCUCAGAAUGGAAAGUACCAACAACCUGUAUAUAUGGCUAUGAUGAUUGGAUGUCUUAUGAAGGGGCACAGGAAGCUCGCAAACUUAUGAAAAUUCCAUGUGAAAUCUUAAGGGUCCCCCAGGCUGGCCACUUUGUUUUCAUAGAUAACCCAAGUGGCUUCCAUGCAGCAGUGUUACAUGGUUGCCGCAAGUUUCUCUCAGGUGACCACAUUAGCAAAUCUCUUCCUCAAGGUCUGACAUCCGCCUAGAGAGGAAAUGGAGGGGGACAUUGUUGGGGGAGUGUAGAUAGGUACCACAUGGUAGAAGAUUUGAAUAAUCUCAUCUUCAGCUGUGACCUUUGUCCAUUCUCUCCUUGUUUUCCUAUACAAUGGUCAGAAAGCUUCCCCAGUGAAGCAUUCUAGGGUAUGCUUGAACUUUGAAUUAACCUUGGUGGUCUCUAGACUCAUUACUUCCAGGGAUUAUAGUGUAGUAGAGAGUUCUAGAUGACAAGGUUAGCAAAUGAUGCCAUGCUCAAGUCUUAAUGAUUAUAUCAUUAAAAAUGAUAUCAGGUUUGAUGUGACCAGACAAUUUUAGUCUUAACAACAACUGGUGAGUUAAAAUGCAUGUAGCCACCCCCUGCACAGUUUGGACAAAGGCUUGGUAUGUUGUUAUUGUCUCCUUGGCAGUAAUAUGACAUUAUGACUUGUGAGGUUGGGAUCUGUCUGGUUCAUGGAACUGUGUAAUGUUGUUGAUUUAAGGGGAAAAUGGGAGGUGAGUGGGGAUUAAAGUUUGCAAUUGUUAUUGUAGUAGUUGUAGGAUCUUCCCCCUUGGAAGCUUCUUCGUGGGUACAUUGCCAGGAAAGAUUUAGCACAAAGCGCCUGAAAUUCCUAAUGGAAAUAGAAGUGGAAGUGUGAGUGUCCAAUGUACUUAUUAGUAUUUGUUGCCAAAUGAAAGUUAUUGCUUAUGGUAGCUAUUUUGUUGGCAUUGUUAAAAUUGAAAGGCAGGGACAUCCAAACAUAAAAUGGCCUCUGAGCACAUGGGAGUUUGUUGCCUUGAUAAUUUUCUUCCUUCUUGGAGGAUCAAAAAGAGUUGAUGCUAUCGGAGGCACUGUUAUAGAAUAAUAUGUCGACCCAACUACCUUUGAAUUUAUAUUCACAUCCUUAUCUUUUCCUUGCUACCAUUUGCUCUUCUUGCCCCUCUGCUGUGCUUGGGAUUAGGAUUUGUACAGUUAUAGGUGGAACAAGAUAAUGAUAGAUAACAUGUCACUUUUUACUACUCAUC